UCAAAUAUUAGCCCAUAUGAUAAGAGAGAAUUUAGAAAAGAAAAAAAGAAGUCCUAAAAUUAGAAAAUUGUGUACCCCACAACGCAACACAAUCAAUCUAGUUUGUGUGGCAUCCAACUAUCCCACAUAACCAGAGUGAUCACUAGCUAUCUCCCUUUCCUCCAACUCCGGCCAUGCAACACCACUCGCAAUGGGCUGCUCCGCCACUCUCAAUCUCCCUCGAAACCCCAUCUCACCUCACCACCACCACCACCACCACCAGCAGCAGCAGUGCCUCCCCCUGAACCGCCGGUCCCUCCUCUUCCUCUCCGGCAGCCUCCCACUCCUGACCCCCCUGAGCACCUCCGCCGCCGCCCCCGACACCACCGUGACCGACAGAGUAUUCCUGGAUUUCAGCAUCUGCCCCUCCUACUUCCAGAGCCGCACCCUGGGCGAGUCGGACCUCUCCCUGUGCGCGGAGUCGGAGGCGGUGGGGCGCGUGGUGGUGGGCCUCUACGGCAACGUGGUCCCCAUCACCGUGGCCAACUUCAAGGCCAUGUGCAGCGGCUCGGCGGGGUCAAGCUACAAGGGCACUUUGGUCCAGAAAUUGCUGCCGGGGCAGUACCUGAUGGCGGGGCGGCAGGGGCGCCGUGACAAAGGAGAUGUGAAGCCGCCGGUGGAGCUGAUUAGGAACACCGAGACCGUUGAUUCCAAGGCAUUUGUGCUGGAGCACUCGAGGCCCGGUGUGGUCUCCUUGUGCUUGUCGGAAAAUGACGAUGACGAUGAUGUGAAGCUCAGCCCCAAUUACCAUAACGUCGAGUUCUUGAUCACCACUGGGCCCGGCCCCUGCCCGCAGCUUGAUAGCAGGAAUAUUGUGUUCGGCUCUGUGCUUGAAGGAAUGGAUGUGGUGAGAGGAAUAGCGGCGAUUCCGACAUACAAACCAGGGGAAAGAAUCCGACAGUACAACGAUUUGGCGGAGUUUCUGGGAGAUGGAAGAGCCAAAAGCGCACGUGCCAUAUGGAACAGGCCUCUUAAGACUCUCUACAUUAGUGAUUGCGGUGUAAUCAAAGUUGCUAAGCCUACCCUUUCCCCUACUCUUCCCUGACCUUGCUAUUCAUUUCUCAAUCACUACUUCUUUUACUAUUGGAUUUCGAACAUAAUACAUGUACUGCAUAAAUAGUUUGAAGAAUUUUAGUUAUAAUACCAUUCUUAUUCGAA